AUGAAGUUUUCUGCAGUUUCCCUCCUUCUGGGAGCUGGUUCAGCGCUCGCAGCACCCACGGAGCGUUCCGAUAUCGACGACCGACAGGUACUCUGGCUUGCUGGCGACAGCACGAUGGCACCGGGCGGUGGACACAACGGGACCCAGGGAUGGGGAGAGUACCUGCAUUAUUCUCUCGACUCGUCAAAGAUCCGAGUCAAUAACUCUGCGUAUGCUGGGAGAAGCGCGCGCACUUUUACGAGGGAGGGCCGGUUCCAGCGGAUCAUUGACGAAGUCAAGGCUGGGGACUGGGUUGUGAUUGAGUUUGGUCACAACGAUGGACCUGGCAACCCGAUCAACGACACAGUCAAGAACCGAGUCGACUGUCCCGGCAUUGGAGAAAAUGUCUGUCCUGUGCUUUUCAACAACCAAACGGAAGUAGUGCAGACAUACACUACCUACCUUCGCAAUGCCUCCUCAACUUUCCUCUCCCUCGGCGCCCGCGUGGUGAUCUCAACCUCAACCCCCAUAAACCCUUACUCGACCGGCACAUUCUCUUGGACGCCGACCAUCUACGCGUGGUACUCGUGGUACGUCGUCGAAUCCCUCGGCGGACCCGCAGCCGGUAUCUACUACGUUCCGCACGGCAACUACAGCGCCCAGGCCCUUCAGGUGCAGGGCCAGCAGGCGGCUGUCGAGGGUUAUCCCAUGGAUGCCGUGCACAUGUCGCCGAAGCUGGCGGAUUCGUUUGCUGGGGCUUUCGUGUUGGGCCUCAAGUGCGGCACGUCGCCGCUGCAGGAGUAUGUUGUUAAUGCGACAUCGAGGCUGGAGGGGGGUAGACUGGGAACUUGCCUCCAGGUUAAUGCGACGCUGCCCAUUUAA